UCUAUAGUUCCAUGAAAAACACAGAGGGAGAGAGACACAGGCAGGGAGAGGAAGAACGAGAGAGAGGCAGGGGAGGAGCGUAGCUGCGCUGAAGCCGAGCCCCUCUAUGCCUCAGCACGCAGAGUGGAGCAGACGGCAACAGCCACACAAACACACUCCCCUCUCAGUUACAUGCACAGUCACACACAUACCACACGCACACAUCACCGCCGCCGCUGCCACCACCACCACCAGCACCACCACCACCACACACACAGUGACGGCUGCCAGGCGCAGUGGGAAGCAACCCGUCAGGGAGAAAGCUUGAGAAGAAAGAGAGGGAUUGCAGAGGGGAAGAGAAGAAAAGAGAAGAGAGUUGAAGGAGGCACCUUGUGGAUCCAAAGGGAUUUUCCUCUGUGUGAGUGCGCGUCUGGAUAAGGCUAUCUGCUUCUUCCUGAGAAAGAGGAGUUUUUACCGAGGCUUUUUCUCUUUUUUUUUUUGCUCAUCCUCCACGCCGGGCUCCAGCGAUAUCUACCUAUCUAUCCCCGGAGCUUAACAAAAGAGGGAGGGAGUGAGAAAAAAGGCAGUCACAGCUUCAGCUCCAGACCACCCUCUCUCCUCCUCCUCCUCCUCCUCCUCCUCCUUGUCCUCCUCCUCCUCCUCUCCUUCUCUUCCCUCUCCAGCUCCACAUCCAUUUGCGAGUUCAUCGCUGAUUCAACUGUCUUGCGAGGAAAGAGCAGAGGACAGCGUGUGUUCUCCAGGAUACAGCCGAGCCCCCCCCGGUGGCAUCAGGGUCUCGUCUGGUGUGAGAGAGAGGGAGGAAGAACAAGACAGGGAAACGGAUACACAGGAAGAGAGAAAGAGACGGAGAGAGAGAGACAAGAGUAAGAGACGCAGGAAAGCAAAUUGAGGGGCAUGUUCAGGGCAGCAGAGAAGAAAAAGAGUGAGUCUGGUUUUUAGAGCGGAGAGUGCAAGGAACCAGCAACCGGAUCCCAUCUAUUCCUCCCUCCUCCUCCUCCUCCUCAUCCUCUUCUUCUUCCCUCUCCUUUUAACCUCUCUGUCCUGCUCUUCAGUUCCUCCGAUUGUUUCCUCUAUUGCCUCCUUAUCUUUUCAUAUCUUCCUUUCCUCACCCUCCACCUCCUUCUCCCCCAACCACCCUUUUUGCCGGCACCCCGGAUUCUCCCCGUCUUCCUUUUCAGACGCACGGGAAGAAUGGUUUUGUGAGGUUCCCUGUGAGCUCCCAGACAAGUAGACAGACUAUAAUCCCAAAGUACUAUCUGCCUUUUCAAUCCAUCCCUUCCUCUGUGCGUUUAUCACACACACCUCACUAAGAGGAGAGCGUUCUCUCUCCGCAUCCUCCACUCUUGGAAACAGUCGAUCCAGGCCAGCCCCUCGGAGUGAACGUACCCCACCUGCGAGCUUCUAUCUCCAGCCUCCAGGACCUUCAUUUGGAUUCCAGCUACAUGGGAAAACGUUUGGAGCAGCAGCCAAUGUACCCCCACUACACCUACUACUACCCCCACUAUCUCCAGACCAAGUCCUAUGCUCCUCCCCCUCCGCCCAUGGCUCCGCCCAGCCCCGGCACCACAGGAGGAGGAGGUGGAGGAGGAGGAGGAGGAGGUCAUGGAGGAGGUCUAGCAGAGCAGCUUAGUAAGACCAACCUGUACAUCAGAGGCCUGCCACCAGCCACCACCGACCAGGACCUCAUCAAGCUCUGCCAGCCAUAUGGGAAAAUUGUGUCAACAAAGGCCAUCCUGGACAAGAACACCAAUCAAUGUAAAGGCUAUGGCUUUGUGGACUUUGACAGCCCUGCAGCAGCCCAGAAGGCUGUGGCCUCACUCAAAGCCAGUGGAGUCCAGGCACAGAUGGCGAAGCAACAGGAACAGGACCCCACAAACCUUUACAUCUCGAACUUGCCACUGUCCAUGGACGAGCAGGAGCUGGAGAACAUGUUGAAACCCUUCGGUCACGUCAUUUCCACACGGAUACUGAGGGAUGCCAAUGGCCUGAGCAGAGGAGUUGGGUUUGCAAGGAUGGAGUCAACAGAGAAGUGCGACGUGGUGAUUCAAAAUUUCAACGGGAAAUUCUUGAAAACCCCUCCAGGCAUGACAGCCCCUGCAGAGCCGUUGCUGUGCAAGUUUGCUGACGGAGGCCAGAAGAAGAGGCAGACGCAGGUCAAGUAUCCCCAGAAUGGUCGACCGUGGACACGGGAAGGAGAGAGUGGUAUGGCGCUGACGUAUGAUCCGACUGCGAUGCAGAACGGGUUCUACUCCUCACCAUACAGCAUCUCCACCAAUCGGAUGAUUGCACAGACGUCAAUCACCCCGUUCAUCGCUGCCUCUCCUGUCUCUACAUAUCAGGUCCAGAGCACAUCUUGGAUGCCACAUCAACAGUAUGUUAUGCAACCUACGGGUGCUGUGAUCACCCCAGCUGCGGCCAUAGAACCCAGUUUGUCUCUUCACCCCUCCAGUGUAAUGGCUCCUCUCACCCAGCAGAUGAACCACCUGUCUCUGGGCACCACAGGCACAUACAUGCCUGCUGCAGCCGCUGCUCCUAUGCAAGGAACCUACAUUCCCCAGUACACUGCAGUGCCUGCCUCUGCCAUCACAGUGGAAGGCGUGGUGACAGAUCCAUCUUCACAGACAGCCGCCCCCACCUCACAGGACGCCAGUGGGCAACAGCCUUUAUCAGUGGAGAAUACAGGAGAUCAUGCCACAGCCUACUCUUACCAGCAGUCUAAAUAACAAGAUUGGUAGGAAUCAUUGCUGCAUUGCCUUUAGAAGGACUGCAUUGAGGCAUUGGAGACACCGAGAGGAUCAAAAUGAAACGGGGACAAAAAAAAAAGAGGUGACACUGAGGGGAGAAUGCUUCCACUGUGCACAGGCACCAAAUAAAUGACAAAAUGAAGAAAAAAAAAAUCAAUUAUAUUUCUUACCUGGUUGAACCAAGAAAAAGGAAGAAAAAAGAAAUGAUGGUUUUCUGAACUUGAGGACAAUGAAAUCAAAAGCAGUCUGCAACUUUGAGUUUAUCAUUUCUCACUGUGAGACUGGACUUUGCCUCCAAAGGAAAAAGAGAAGACAGACUGAAAUCUAAACUCAACCAACAAGCUGUACAGAAAAAAAAGAACAUUUGAAUGUGCAGGUAGAUUUUCAGACUUUUUUUAUUAAAAAAAAGGAAGGAAGCAAAGUCUAGAAAAAAAAACUGAUUGUCUUCCUUUGAUAUUAAGCGACAUUAUUUUCAUUCUUUUUAUUAUUUGAGUAGUUUUCUAGAAUAUCAAUGUUUUCGUAAAUCUUUAUUGCCUUAAUUUUCUCAAAGUUGGGAAAAACGUUUCCAUAGUGUUGAAUUAUUAAAAAAAGAGAGUGGUUGAAUGAUUUGAGAGGUUCCUGGAGACUUCUCAGAGCCUCAGAGAUGAAAUCUACAAAGCUAUCUGUACAGGAUUAAAAAAAUAAGGUUGUAUUUGUAUGAUGAUCAUUUUAAAUUAUGUGGUGCAGUGCAGCUGAUGUUGGUCAAUAGGAAAAAAAAAACUUCUUUAAUGCGACUUGUGGGAUGGGUCAAUCCACUGCUUCCUGGUAAAUACAGUUCAUCAUGGGAUAAAAGUUCUGUUUCUCCAUCACAUUUGUAUUUUUUUGUUUUUACUUUUUUUUCUCCAUAUUUUGGGGAUUCAAUUGCAGUCUUUUUACCGUCAAAAAGUUGCUUUGCCUGCUUUGCUUGUCUCACUGCAAAAAAAGUUAAAAAAAAAGAAAAAAAGGAAAAUUUCUGACUUUGACAAAGAAGCAGAAAGAAAAGCUAGGAUUUUUAAAUGUGCAAAAAGCAAUAGUUUUAGUAAAACUGUUGACAGUUUCUUGAGUCUUUCUUAACUGUUGAACAAAAGCAGCCUACAGGUGGCAUAUUUUAUACCAAAGAUGAAGAAACUAGGUAGUGAAGAGAUCUUCCUUAUGUUGCUUUUUCUGUUAGACUUUUCUUGCUUCUCAUGCUGUUGUGUACGAUGAUUUUAUCGGUGACUGAGAACAUGCAGUCUGUAACACAACUGCCUCAACAAGAAGAAUGUGAUAUUUUGUUUGUCACAUGAUCAAAUAUUGCGAUAAUCUAAAACGGCGCUGUAACAUCUGUCGGGAGUCCAGAUGCCCUGUGGAAAGUGGAGGAGGUAGGUAUAUUAUUGGAAAUGAGUUGGUACAAUAGUGCUAAAGAGGCUGAAAAUGCAUUAUAUCCUGUGGAAUAUUAGUGUGUUUUUCUGUGUAUACAUCCUCUUCUGGUUGCAUUGACCAAUCUCAAAUCCCAAAUGCAGACAGUGAGAUACUGUCAGUCAGUACAACAGCUAGCCAAAAUUGAAUUAUUUUGAAAUGCAUAGUUUCAGUCCAUACAGCAAACUGUUUUACGCCGCUGUCUUGCCAAACACAAGCCAUUUAAAAUGUGAGCAGGCCGAUGAUCUCUGUUAGAAGAAUGGGCAUUUUCUGUUGAACGAAAUUACAGUUCAUGUAUAUUCUAAAAGGAUGAGGAGAGAUGUUUUGUUUUCCAUUUUCUUUUUGUGCUGCCUUUUUUUUGUCUUUUUUGAGAAUUUAUUGUGAUGUGUUAGCUGCUAAAUAUUUUUCAUUCUUGAGGAUUUAGGUUGUCUUGUUUUGGGGUGGGUGUGGAAGAGGUGCACCUCUAGAAUGACGGCAAUUGACCAUUUUAAUAAAGUUUAAUAAAGUGGAGUCUAAGUGAAAAAAGAGACAUGUUCCUGGUUACAGCCCCCCCUCCCAAAAAAAAACGGAAAAAAAAACAGAAAAACAUACAACUCUCUUCUUAGAAAAAUCUGAAAAAAAAAUCUGCAUUACAUGUAUUGAGUUUAAGAGCAUCAGAACAAACAGGAAAAGUAAAUUCUCUAUGGACUUUAACAGGCGCACACAUGCUUCGAGGUCACACCCUUGAAGCCCCACCUACCUGACCCUCCACCAAUGAAAGGAAGCUAAUGGAGAUGGCAGAACAGACAGACACAUAGAAAAAGCAUGGUUCAACCAAAAUCAAGCAGAUACAAACCUCUAUAGGAAAAUAAAUUAUUGAAAGAGGAGAGAAGGUAGAGAAAGCGAGAACAAAAGUAAUAUUUAUGAGAUCUUUUUUUGUACAGGUGUGUAAAAGAAGAUGCAACAGAAAUAACUUUGAUGAUGCUAUUUUUUUAUUUGCUUGGUCACAUGCCUCCCAUGUCUUUCAAAUUGUGAUUCUGAGAGUGUCUGUAGAAGUGGAUAUUGCUGUAGUUUCAAAUGUCUCUUUUCUUUUUGUUUUCUUUUUAGACAAAUCUUUCAAUAAAAAAAAUGUUUCAAACA